AUGAUGUCUAUUAUUGAUCCCUAUGUUUAUAGUGAACGAUUGAAACGAGUACCAAUAUAUAAUAUUGAAACAACUGGAGAUGAAUUUUUUAUGCCUGAUGAUUCAUUAUAUUGGAGAGAAACUGGUAUGAAAGGUAUAUUUCAUCAGAGGAUGAUGCCAAAUUGUGAGCAUACAUUGACAGAAUGUAGAUCAGAUGCUAUGGCUGGUAUACAAGCUUGGCUUAUAACAUUAGUUUCAAACGAUUCAUUCCCUCUAUUUAAAUGGUCAAUUGCUAACGGUACUGGUACAAUUACAGUUCAGCCCGAGAGUGGCAUUUUAAGCAACGUUUCAAUGUGGUAUGCACAUACUUUAAGUAGUGAAAGACGUGAUUUUCGUGAAUAUCGAAUGGGCACAGGAGGUCCAGAUUCUCCACCUAUUUAUCAACCAAUUAAAUGGUUUUCUCAACAGUUAAAAGCCAAUCACAAUGGAACAUACACAGCAGCGAUGCCAACUCCUAAGUCGGGUUGGACUGGUCUAUAUGUUGAGAUGCAGUAUACUGCUCGAAAUAAAAAUAUGUUACAUUUUACUACUGAUGUAUCUAUCAUUCCCCAAACAUUUCCAUUUCUCGAUUGUCAUGGAUUGGAUUGUCGAGGGACACUAUUAUAA